AAAUUGCGCAUGAGCAUUUCGAUUACUCAGCUGAAGCGAAACGAAAGCAAGACAGCGUUGAUUAUAUUUUGGACAGACAUAUGCACUGAAAGCAGAACAAACAAGACCAGACAGGUGCAAACACACAGCAAAGUGUUGGUCAUGCAUCUCUAUUGAAUGGGUAUUUUAUUGCCAUUACGCAUAUGGUAGGCCCAUAUCCAUCAUGGCAUCUAUCACAGAUUUAUACCAAGUGGGAGGAAGCGAAAAGAUAAAGAACAUUGAAGAUGAGCUUCAGAAGGAACUGAGUGACUUAAAGAAUGACAUAGAGGAAAAUGAGGCAUUUGGAGCAUCUUUAAGAGUUGCAAGUUCUGUGCGACUGCCACAAAGUGUUGAAUUUUUUCGAAAACAGAGAGAGCUAACCAUCAAAAGGGCAAUGGAGGUGAGUGAAGCCCAGCCCCUUGUUGUUCAAGCCCAUGUAAUGCAAGAUGAGUUGGACAAUUGUUCCCGGCUUGAGUACACAGAUAACAGCCUUCCACUUAUCCUACACCAGUUCUAUUGUGAUAGAAUUCAGCAGUUGGUACAGUGUAAACAUCUACACAUGCUUAGAUGGAAGCGCUUCUGCGAGCAUACUAAUGUCUUGGAGUCGCUAUUCCCAAUGUACCAGAAGCGAAUUGAACACAUUAUGUCAGAGUAUAAUGACGCUGUUGCCCGGGCAACAAGGCUUCAGGUUGCUCAUGAGUCGCACAUGAUGGGUAAGAGUACAGCAAAAAAUGCAAUCACCUUGGAGGAUGUUAUGAUCUAUACACGAUGGCUUACCUGUCACUUUCAUGCCACUAAGAAAAUCAAUUCAUUUUUAAAGGUUCUAGAGUAUGUUCCAGUAAAACAUAAGCACGACACAGUACCACCCGUCCCACAUGAUAUAGAACAAAGCCUGGAAAAGACGACUGAGAAAAAAGAAAACGGUUCCUCAGAAACUCAAUCAAAAUGGUUUAGUCAUCAUUCAAUACUCGUAUCAAGCACCGCGUCUGUCUUAGGCCGGCCAACCUCUGGCAGUUCAAUGACACUGCCUAGCUCACCAUUAUCUGCAUCAGUUAAUAUUCCAGGUACCAACGCUAUCCCACACGCAGCGGCUGGGAUGGCAGCUGCGGCAGCAGCAGGGGGAGGACCGGCAUCUGAUGGCACCAAUUUAGGUCUUCCAUUCCAUGAGUCAGAUUUUGAGAAGAUAAAACCUAUGUUGGAGUUUUUAUGCACUUGCUAUGGAAUCAAUAUGGAUCUAAAUUCCGUACACAGCUCUUCCGAUGAAAUGGAGUUAAUAACACAUGUUAAUCGCAGAUUUAAGACAGUCUUCGCCAAGCAAGAACAACAGAAGACUUACCCAAUGUAUGAUAAGUUAGAGAUAGGUAGGGAGACUUGGGGUGCUGAUAUGUCCUCACAUGCUUUGAAGAAGGAGGCCAACUGGCUGUCAUUUGUUAAACUUAAACCAAUAAAGGACCCAAUACAAGAAAAAAGCAUGACUAAGCUGCGGCAGAAAAACAACAUUGAUGAACUUUUGAAAGCCCAGUCAAAAUUCUUCUCAAUCUCAGAUUCAACGAAAGUCCAAGAUGCACUGAAAGAGCAUGCAAUGGUGGUCAAAGAUCCCCCAGAAUUCAAAGCUGUAUCAGUGACAUCACACCGCACAAAGAAAAACACAAAUGCAAUUUGGAGGAAGAUAUACUGCAAUCAUAAACUGUAUGAUGGUUCCAGCAAAGAAGUUGAUUUGUCAGUAACAGAGUUUGAUGAAAAGGAGACAGACAAUGUCAACUUUGGAGGUCGUUCUUCACGAUCCACUGCACUAACCAUGUCAAGCCAUAGACGGAAGGAUGAGGGUAGCGGGGAGUUUAAUUAUCAGAGUGCAAUGCAAAUGCUAGGCCUUGAUGAUGAUGAUAGUGCUGGCCGGAAUCCAACCUCUAUGCAAGGCGGAUACUUGUCUCUUCUCAACCUUAGGCACUUGCGGAUAAGAGACCUCAAGAGAACUUGCCUGAGCAUUCUGAAUUACUUCAGGUCAGUGGAAAGAACAUUGACCAUUAAUGACGGAGGACUAUCAUUGGAAGCUGGACAGCAGAAGCGAUUGAGUCAACAAAAUCACCGUGUGUCUACCUAUGAUGGCGGUAUGGUUGGAGGGAAUGUCGGAAUUGGUAACCAUGGUUACCUACAUUAUACACCUGCUGAUUUUAAAUUGCAGGAAAGUGCUUUCAUGGAAUUUUCAGAGAUAGAGAACCACGAUGAUUACUACAGCAUAGAUGAAGGCAGGGUGCAUGUACAAGACCAGAGGGGUUAUUACAUCAUCUAUGAUGUAGCAUUAGCAGACCUCAAGAAUCUAGAACAUGAUCUACUGCUUAUUGCUACCCAUUACUUGGAGAAAGACCAGGAUAGAAGACUGAAGGAGAAUGGGGUCGGACUUCCAAGGACUCACAAGCUACGAGUCAAACAUGCUUUGUUCUCAGAUGUGUUUGCUGAGGAUCCUUUAUUUAUGUGUGAGAUGGGUCAGUCGAUGCUGAAUGCAAUAGAAGCCACAGCUGGUAGGCGGAGUCAGACAGAGAAACAACAAGAUAUUCUAAAAGUUUGGAAUCGCUUGCUUGAGACAAUUACCUUACGAUUUCGUUUAAUGGAUGCAGCAUUUGAAACUGAAGUUUUGUCAAAUCUUUAUCGUGUACAUGCAAAUGAGCUUGGAUUUGAUGAUUGCCACAUGUUCUUGAGAUGUGUUCAGUUUGAGUUUGCCAAUUUCAAGGAAAAUGCAGAUCAGCCUCCACCAUUAUUUAUUACUGCUUUGCAAGAAGAUGACUCAAAUCUCGACAGGUACACUCCAUCUAGCCUGUUCUUGGCAGUUCAUGAGCUUGAUGAGAAGCAUGUUGGUACAUUCAGUUUCAGAACAAGAGAUGGCUACCUUAAGGUUCUCCGUGGCAAUAGUAUGGAAAGUCUACAGGUUGUGUUAAUGGCUCAGGUUGUGCACAAGAAUGCCCUCUUGAGUGCCGUUCAGCAGGCUAGUAUUUGCUCGUUUUUCCGAGAACAACAAUCUCAAGAUCAACCACACAAUUUAAUGGAUGCAGACUUGCAUAGUGACAACAGUUCCUUGAUGGUGCCAAAAGCGGCAGAUACCUCCAUAAUGGGUGUUACACAAUCAGUCAUGUAUGCAGCUAAACUGAAGACUAGCCUCGGAAGGAUACGCAGGUCUCCAGAGGCCUUUGUGUCUAUACAACUGGAAAAGGCUCCUUCACGUGAUGUGAUGUUAAAUAAUUACUUGAACAAGAAAGCUUCAAUGGCUACAGUACUCAAGAACCAAGAGGAAGUAGAGAAGCUUAAAAGGACAUUGAUUGGUGAGUUUUGUCAACGAUUUAUGCGAAGAAUUUCGCAGUAUUCCCUGCGUGCCCAGAUCAUUGCAUACUUGAAUACCAUCGAGGAUCUUUUGGAAGGAUUUCCAAGUCUUCGUAACUCCCAUUUCAUGGUUGGAAUGCCUGGAGAGAAGAAAACAAAGCUGGAUGAUAAAGAUGGACUCCUGGCUGAUCCAAGAACAAUCAAAAGAAGACCAAGGCGUCUUCUGUCCUCAGAUGGCACCACCUUGCUGAAUCUUUGGUUCCUUCCACAUCACUCAGAGGUACUGAUGAUGUUCAAGAACUUGGAUGAGGCAUCAUGCAUCAGUGGUUUGCUUCUGACUCUCAGAAUCAUUGCGUCUCUGCAUGACAUUCUGCAAUACCUCUGUGCGCAUGCAAAACUUGGAAGCUCCCAUGCUAGGCUUGGCUCUCAGAGACUUGAGUUUGCAACGGCUGAUUGGGGUGGAACAGAAGGCAUCUCAGCUGAGCUUCGUGAAAUUCAAAAACAGAUCAACAACUUAGAAGAUCCUACAAAUCCUUCUAUGGUUGCAGAUUUCUUAGCUCUGAGAAAGGCUGUCAUGUUUCUAGAAUUUGAGACGAGUAUUCGACACUCCCUGCGAGACACCUUCCUCUCCACAUCUAAUUCCCUGGCUUACAAUAGUGUGACUGACAACAUCUACUACGCCCUACCUAGCAUAAGCAAUAUACAGGUGCCAACUGUUAACAGCAUGUACCUCCCUGUGCCAGAACCACUGGAGCCUAGAGAUGCAGAUGCUAAAUUAUUGUUCCCAUGGAGAUCGUUUCUUGGAAGUGGAGGUCCAUUUCCACUACAGUUCUGGCAGUUUCACCAGAUUGAGAGUCGAAUGCAGCUGUGUUUAGCAAGUCUUAAAGAUGUUGACAGACAUGUCUCUAAUGGAGAGAUACUGGGUGUAUCUCUCCUGAUGGAGGAUGUCCUGCAGAGUGGUCAGGAAGACAUCAGUAUGCUGGCUGAUGACAGUGAUUCUGAUGAUAAUAACAUUACCACUCCUAAGAAAGCACCACGCUCUCGUCCACGGAGUGCUAUCAGCACAAAGUCAGAAACCUCAAGACCUGCUAGUGCCAGGGGAGCUGAUAUUGAGGAAGAGGUAGAGAAAGAAAAAGCUGUAUCCAAGAAAGCCCUAUCCCGUACUACCGAGCCAAUGGAAGCAUAUGCCUUGUUGAGGAACUUCCUGUUGCUAUGGAAGAGGCUUGAGGUUUUUAAAGAUGAAUGGGGCAAAAGAAAGUUGGAAGUGGAGUCAAUUGGGAAAGCACAAGUUUAUAAAAAGUUUUGCAAAUUAUACAAAACAGACAUUUUGUACCCUACUAUAAAAAGUAUUGCAAGACGAUAUGGACAGGAAAAAAAUUAUGAUGGAAUGGUCUCAGACAGUGAGCCAAUUGUUGCUCCUAGGGGAGUUUCUGAGAUGGAGAUUCGAGCCAAGCAACUUGUCAAGCUUUUGGACAACUUUGAAAAUCACAUGAUUUAUGAACUGCAACGCAAAAUAUCUAGGGAACAUUCAUUGGUUGUUGCAGAACGAGGCCGGGAGGAAGGAAACCUGCCAGUAGAUUUGUGGAAAAGACCAGUAAUAAAUGAACGCUUAACAAUUGCCCAACCUCACAUUGCUGAAGAAUUCACGAGACUUCUACUUGACAAAGGUCAGCAGAAAGGAGAAGACUUUGUGAUUCCACAAGAACACCUUAACUUGGCCCUGUCUAAACUUGCUUCCAUGGUGAUGACAAGAGAAAGAAGUAAUUAUGAUAACUAUUCCAUGUUUUAUGAAAACAUCCUUCGUCAGCAACACCAGAUAAUCUACCAACGAGAACAGGAAAUCAAGCAUGCAAAUGAAAUGGCUUCUGCUCUCAGUGAGUCCUCAUUGGUUGACGUACAAUGUCAGUUGGCUGAUAAGAGUCAUGAGCUUAUACUGGAGGUAACGUCGCUGCGUGCUAAGAUAUCUGAGAUGCGUGAAGCUGCAUUGGUAAAGGAGCAGGAGCUUAGGCAACGACUCCAAAAAGAGUACAACAGCCUCAUCCAAAACUUGUUUGCUGUUGCUUUUGGACUUAAAGGAAAGUUAGAUGAAUUCAGGACACAUCUGUAUGACCAGGUGUUCACAACGGUUGGUGAGGUGAGGAGGGAUGCAGUGAUGGCUAUGAGCAAACUCAAAAGCAUCAAGCAUGACAAUACCAGUACUCCUGAUAAUGCUUUGCAGCACAAGUUGACAAAAGCAGAGGAGUUGCGCAAGAUUCGGCAUGAAAAUGAUCAGUUGAACAAAAUGUUGAGUAAGCUGAGAACUGUUAACAGUUGGAGGCUUACCAAGAUGAGAGCUAAAUAUAAAAAGGAGAUUGCUGAGCUUCACAGUGAUGCCAACCAGUGCAAGCGAGACUACCUUGAAAUCAAAUUGAUGGCAGAAGAGGAAGUGAUCCUGCUACGACAACAACUUGUUUCUUUAAAGUCUGCUCUCAGUUUAUCUGAGCAAGAAAGAGAAGCCAUCCAGAAACAAAUCGAUAAAGAAUUGCAGAUAAAAAAGGAGAAAAAGCAUAAGGAAGAGCAGCAUGCCAGAAAUGCAAGGCAACUGGAGAUUGCCAAGGCAGCAAACAUGUCAAAAUUGAUCCAUGAAGCAGAGGCCAAAGAAGAAAAACUAAAAGCCUUAACCGAUGACUUCUCAAGGAGUAUUCGACUGAACCAAAUGUACCAAGACAAAUCCAAGCGAGAUGCCAGCCAGAUGAGGCAGCAGCUGGAACAUGAGAGGACGCUGAAGUUGGAUGCAUUCUCAAGAGUAGAUGAGCUUCAAACACAAGUCUAUGACUAUGAACAGGAAACAAGUCUUUCCAGACCAUACACAUCCAUGAGCUUUAUGAAUCCAGUAAAGUUGCCACCUAUGCGAUCAAAGUCAUCAGAUAAAAGAUCCCGUAGUAAGUUUUCACCGAGUCCUAAUCCAGUGAACAACUUUCCACCAAACUACCAACAGAGGUCAUUGACCCCUGAGCCUUGGUCAAAUGGUCAAAAUAAUAAGGAUGCAAUAAGGACAACACAAAGACCACAAACCGUUGGAAGCAAGCUACGAAACAGAAUUGCGGAGCAGUUGCUAACCAACCUACCACCUAACCAUCAUGAAACCAUAAUGCAAUUACAGGCAUGGGAACAACAGUACCAGAAAAAGUAGCAAGUUGAUACCGAGACAGCUAAUUUGUGAAGCCAGGUACAUGCUGCAUUUUAUGACCAUUGAAGUACCGUGAGCUGACGAAUCCAUUUCAGCUCUCUGUGAGUGCUAGACAACGCGGUGCCAUUUGCUGAUAGGGAGCUUUCGAUUUGUGUGAUGACGCGACGCUAGAACGGAAUCACUCAUCCCACCUGGCGUCCUACCUUCUCUGCAUAUGUAGAUUUGGCCAAAUUACGUUCCAGAAUCUACCUUAACGUUCUUGCAUGCGCAGGUGACUUUUACUGACGUCAUUACGUUCUAUGUCCGACCGUCGUCGUGAAAUUGAUGCUCCCUAAUAUCAACAGACUUAGCAGAUUGACAUAAAAAACGAUUGUUGUGCCUUCCUUGCCGCACUGCAUCUUUUUUUGUCUGAAGUGGAAUUAUAAGGAAUCAGUAGGCACUAUUGUGUGAUUUUCUCUUUAUUUUUUAAAAUUAUGUAAAUGGAUAUUUUCUUUCAAGAUGUACAUAUUACAAUCUAUUUUAAAAUAGAUAAAUAUCAGAGUCUUUGAUAAUACUGUGUUGUUCUCAAGUCUUUUCUGUAUUGUUAUACUAAAUUAUUUUUAAAGUCCUAGUGUUGAAAUAUCAUUGGGUGGAAAACAUGAAAUGAUGUUUAUUUUUUUAAUUAAGAUUAUAAUGUAUUUAUUCACGCUUUAAAAUAUAUUACACAAUAAUGAAAAUUAAUUAUAAAUAUUCCUUGUUAUGCUUUCAUACUGUAAAAUUAUUGAGCAAUUAAGGACAAAUGUUAAAUACCUCGGUGAGUGAUAAAGUCAUCAACAAAUAUAUCAAAAUGGAUUACCGUGAAUGAACAAAUAAAUACUGUGGCGCUUAUACAAUUUUUAGAGGUUUAUUUGAGGGAAGCGCUAAUUUGAGAAUGGUGCUUGUUACUAAUUAUUGAAUUGUAUAUAUGCUGCCAUAUGUAAUGUAAUGUAGUUCGAUUUAUAUAGUGAUUUAUACCGGAGUCUCAAAGCGCUUGAGGUGUGUACAAGCUCGCACAGUAACUGUCUUCUCCCCUAAGGGUCUGCCUGAGAGACCUGGUAAACCGGUACC